CAUAAGAAGGUGGAUUUCUAACCAUUUCGGGAUCUCAAGAUCUGCAAAGGGAGAAGAAAGAUGAUCGUCUGCGUCUCCGUCGUCGGCCACCAGAACAAUCCGCUUUACAUACAGAGCUUCACCGACGCUGAUGAUGCCCUCAAGCUCCACCACGUCGUUCAUUGCUCCCUCGACGUCAUCGAAGAGCGAGUGAACAAUCCCAAAACCACAUUGAACGAGGCUUUUCUUGGCCUACUCUAUCCUACACUCAACUACAAAGUGUAUGGUUACUUGACUAAUACCAAAGUGAAAUUUAUACUGGUCACAACUGAUUUGGAUGUCAGAGACACCGAUGUCAGAAAUUUCUUCAGGAAGUUCCAUGCUGCCUACGUAGAUGCAGUCUCAAACCCAUUCCAUGUCCCUGGCAAGAAGAUAACCUCUAGAACCUUUGCUCAAACUGUAAGCAACAUUGUCGGAUCUUACGGUUUGAACUGACCCUCCUACUUGUGUUUACUGUGCAUUGCGGAACUACAUUUCUUUUAUCAUUUUUCUUUUCUUGUUGAUAUCAACGCUUGGAUUGUUGUAAGAAGAAUUAUUGGUUCGCAUAAAUGGACGUUCAAGUUUGGUCUUUUA